UGUGACAUAACCUUAAAAAAAUAGCAAUUGCCAACUGUUUUUAAUUUUUGUAGAUAUUAUACUACGUUGGAAGAAAUUUUAAUUGCUUAAAUUAAAUAAAAAUGGAGAACAACAAAGAAAAUAUCAUUCAAGCAGUCGUAAUUAUGGACCUCUUCAAUAACAAUUUCGAGCCAAUAUCUAACAAGAAACCUAUGGGACUUCUUCCUGUUGCAGGAGUUCCUAUUAUUGACUAUGUAUUGGAGUCAUUAGUGUCAGGAGGAGUAGGGGAAGCUAUUUUAUUUUGCUGUCAGGAUAGUUUACAAAUUAAGGAUCAUGUAAAAAAAUGUGUCAAAAACAAAGUGCCAUGGAGCGUAACACUGGAUGUGCAAAUCAUAUCAUCAGACACUUGUCAGACUAUGGGUGAUGUAAUGAGAGAAAUAGAUGCAGCUGGUUUAGUCCGAGGAUAUUUUGUACUGUUGGGAAUAAAUAGUAUAACUAACAUCAAUUUUGCUGCCCUUUUGGAACAACACAAGCAAACAUGCAAGAAAGAUAAAGGUGCAGCAAUGACACUAGUGUAUAAAGAGGUGGCUUGGGAACAUCCACUGCUGAGUAAUGACAAAACACUAUUAUUAGCAGCUGAUGGCAGAACUAAUAAAAUUCUAAUACAUCAGAAAUAUAAGCCAAAAUCAAAAGAAACUUCAGUAUCCUUGCCAUUAGAGUGUGUAUUGCAGCAUUCUGAGGUCAAAUUGCAUAAUAAUUUAGUGGAUGCAAAUAUAGCAAUAUGUUCUCCUUCAGUGCCUCCUCUUUUUUCUGACAACUUUGACUUUCAAAAUAGAGGUGAUUUCAUACAUGGAAUUUUGAUAAAUGAAGAUAUAUUGGCUAGUUCUUUAUAUUAUACAAUGUUGAAGGAAACACAGUAUGCAGCAGCCAUAACAAACUGGAAGACUUACCAAACAGUUUGUUGGGAUAUAUUACAUAACUGGGUUUAUCCACUAUCAAUUGAAACCGAUUCCUUUUAUAAAAAUACAUACCUGUACAUGGGCCAUCAUAUAUUCAGAAAAACAAAUUCUUCAUUAAGCAGAUCUUGCACUUUAGUCGAGGAUGUGUUAGUAGGUGCUAAAACUCACAUUAGUGACAUGUCUAGGGUUUCAAAAUCCAUGAUUGGUAAUAAUUGUAGAAUAGGGAAAAAUGUCGUUAUUCACGGUAGCCAUAUCAUGAAUAACGUUGUCAUUGAAGACAACUCUCAGAUUAUAAAUAGUUUUAUUGAUGAUAAUUGUAUAGUUGAAAUGAACUCAACUUUGGAGGGUGUUGUAGCUUCAGAUAGCGUUUGUAUUAAAGAAGGAAGCAACCUAAAAGGAAACAUUUUGGAAAAAACUGAUAAGAAUGAUAAAAUUCUCAAAAAUGUGUCAUUAGAAGGUGGAACUGAAUGGGAGAAUGAGUCUUCAGGCAAGGAAGAUGAUGAAUAUGUAGGUUUUAAUGAAGAGUGGAGUAACAGCGAGUCAUACUAUUCUUCAAAUAGCAGUGCUGAAUCCUCUUUACCUGAUUCUCCAAUUCCAGAAGACACUAAUAUAUUCCUUCAAGAAGUAAUAGACAGUUUGGCAAGAGGGUAUGAAGAGAAUUUGAAAUGUGACUAUUUAAUACUGGAGAUUAAUUCUUCGCGAUAUGCAUACAACAUUCAACUACAUGAAGUUAACUUUUUCGUUGUGAGAGCACUUCUGAGCAUGCCAAUUUUGGAGAAUACCAAAAGUGUACUUGUAACUAUAAAAGAUAUUUUGAAAUUCUUUCGUCCAGUUAUAAGUAAUUAUAUAAAAACAAAGUCGUCAAUAAUGGACUGUUUAAAAGCUGUUGAAGAUAGUUGCUUAAAAAAUGCAUGGCUGGAUGGCAGAGCUGGUCAAAUUGUUGAUUUGUUGUAUGAAGCAGAUAUUGUGGACGAGGAUUCCUUGUUGGAAUGGUAUGAGGAUCUUAAGGAAAAUGAAAGCCCACUCAAAGAUCAAACUUCAAUUGUUAAGUUCUUUGAGUGGCUUCAGGAGGCAAGUGAAGAAAGUGAUGAGACAGACUAAAAACAAUAUAUGUAAAAAUAAUUUGUACAUCUGUACCGAAUGUAUUGUAACAAAUGUACAAUGAAAUAUUGUAAGAAACCUAAAUAAAUAACAAUUUUUAUUACUA